AGUCCAUCCAAAAGAAAGACAAGAACCUGUCAACUACAAGGGACCCUUUGAAGCCUGUCAGACCAAAGUGAGGGUUCUGCGAUUCAACCCUUGUCACAUGACGACUGGGAACUUCAACGCGCGUCACAUGACUUUAGUUUAGUGUUGUCAAGAUGGCGGCGGGCUGCUGGCGGCUUCUUUCGCUCGUUUUCAUCCUCUGUGAAAUUUGCUCGAGUUUGCCAGUCGAGCGCCACGAAAAUCAACAAGACGACGACGACGACGUCAAGUGCGGCUAUCAGUCAUGUCACGCUACAAAGCCGGCCAUGCUGAACGUCCACCUGGUUCCGCACACACAUGACGACGUGGGUUGGCUCAAGACCGUGGACCAGUACUUCUAUGGAGACCGUAACGACAUCCAGCACGCCGGCGUGCAGUACAUCCUGGACUCGGUGGUGGAGCAGCUCCUGAAGAACCCCGACCGCAGGUUCAUCUACGUGGAGACGGCCUUCUUCUACCGAUGGUGGCGCCGCCAGAGCGCCGACGUGCGGCAGACGGUCAAGCGGCUGGUCGACCAGGGCCGGCUGGAGUUUGUCAACGGCGGCUGGUGCAUGAGCGACGAGGCCGCCACUCACUACAGCGCCGUCUUGGACCAGAUGACCAUGGGACUCCGGUUCCUCAACCAGACAUUCGGGCCUUGCGGUCGGCCCCGGGUGGCCUGGCACAUUGACCCGUUUGGACACGCCCGCGAACACGCCUCCAUGUUUGCGCAGAUGGGCUACGACGGCUUUUUCUUUGGCCGUGUGGACUACCAGGACCGCUACCGGCGGAUGCGUGCCAAGGAGCAGGAGCUGCUGUGGAGAGCGUCCGACAGCCUCGCCCCGCCAACGGCCGACCUCUUCACCGGGAUUCUCCCCAAUGGCUACAACCCCCCCGAGGGCUUCUGCUGGGACCAGUCCUGCGACGACCCGCCCAUCAAGGACGAUCCUGACUUGGAGGACUACAACGUGGACGAUGUGGUGGAGCGCUUCCUCAACGUGGCAAACGCUCAGUCUCUGGUGUACAAGUCCAACCACAUCAUCAUGACCAUGGGCUCGGACUUCCAGUACGAGAACGCCAACCUGUGGUACAAAAACCUGGACAAGCUGAUCCGCUACGUCAACGCCCGGCAGUCCGACGGAAGCCGGGUCAACGUCCUCUACUCCACGCCCUCCUGUUACCUCCAAGAGUUGCACCGGUCCAACCUCACCUGGGCCCUGAAGACCGAUGACUUCUUCCCGUAUGCGGACGAUGCCCACGACUUCUGGACGGGCUACUUCAGCAGCAGACCGGCGCUGAAGCGCUACGAGAGGCUCAGCAACAGCAAUCUACAGACAUGUAACCAGCUGGAGGUUCUCGGCGGCGGCCGGGCUUCGACGAGUGGACCCUUCGGCCAGGGCGACAGUCUCGCUUUGAAAAGAGCCAUGGCGGUAGCUCAGCACCACGACGCCGUGUCAGGCACGGAAAAGCAGCACGUGGCCAACGACUACGCCCGGAGACUUGCCGACGGCUGGCAACGUUGCCAGGUUGUGGUCAGCAACAGUCUGGCCGCUUUGAGCGGAUCCACCGCCGGGCGCGUGUACUGCGAUAGCCUCAACGUCAGCGUGUGUCCGAUCACCGAGUCCAGCCAAAGGUUCUCCGUCAACGUCUUCAACCCCCUGGCUCGGCCCGUGGCCUGGCCCGUCAGGCUUCCGGUCAACGGCACGGCCUACUCAGUGUCUGACGCCGACGGGAGGGCCAUGGACUGCGAGGUGGUUUCGGUCUCGCGAGCCACACGAGAUGUGAGGCGCGACCGCGGCUUCGCCGUCAACGAGCUCCUCUUUCGCGCCCGGGCCCCGGCGCUGGGCUUCUCCACCUACUCGGUGUCCCUGCUCCAGGACGGGCCUCCGCCAGCUUCCGUGCGAUCCCGUGCGCCCAAAUCCAUCCGGAACAAGUAUCUGCGAGUGACCUUUGACCCGGAGACGGGCCUCCUAAGCGGCCUGGACAACUUGGAGACUAAGCAGAGUAUCAGCCUGACACAGAACUUCUACUGGUACAACGCCAGCGACGGCAACAACUCCAAGAGCAAGCAGCCCUCUGGGGCGUACAUCUUCAGACCCAACUCCUCCACGCCGUUUGUCAUCAGCACGACGGCCAAGACGGAGACAAUACAGACGUCGCUGACGCAAGAGGUGAGGCAGCAGUUUGCACCGUGGGCGUCUCAAGUGGUUCGCCUCCACAGCGACAGCCGGGUUCUGGAGCUGGAGUGGACCGUCGGUCCCAUCCCCAUCCACGACGACUUGGGCAAGGAGGUGAUCACUCGCUUGGACACGGACGUGGAGUCUUCGGGGAUAUUCUACACCGACUCCAACGGGAGAGAAGUUCUACAGAGGAAGAAAGACUUCCGACCCACUUGGAACCUGAAGCAGUCGGAGCCCGUCGCCGGAAACUACUACCCUAUCAACUCCCGCGCCUUCAUCAAGGACGACAAGAACCAACUCACUGUGGUGACGGAUCGCUCUCAGGGCGGAGGCAGCAUUCACAAUGGCUCCCUUGAGAUCAUGCUCCACCGCCGGUUAUUGUACGAUGACGUCCGCGGCGUGGCCGAAGCCCUCAACGAGACCUCUGACCUUUUCCCGGACGGUCUGGUCGUGCGCGGGCGCCUGUUGCUCUCCCUGGAGCGCCCGGCCAUGGCCGCCGACGUGCACCGCCCCCUAGCCGAGGAGGCGGUACUGCAGCCGCUGCUGACAUUCACCGAGGGCGACCUGCACCCAAAUACUCGACUGGAGUUCACAGGGCUACAGGCCGCGCUGCCCCCCGCUGUCCACCUGCUGACACUGAGCCAAUGGGACGACGAUUCGGUCCUGCUCAGGCUGGAGCAUCAGUUCCAGAGCUGGGAAAGCAAAAUCAAUUCGCAGCCGGUCACGCUGGACCUGCAGAAGUUGUUUUCGACCCUGGAGGUGGUGGGCGUGUCUGAACUCAACCUGUCAGCCAAUCAGUGGAAAGAAGAGAUGAAGCGUUUCCACUGGACUUCGCAGACUGUUGAAAAGCCCCAGAAAAAGACAUUUAAGGACCCCUCCGCGUGGGAGGUCACCUUGCACCCGAUGGAAAUCCGAACCUUCCUGCUCAGAGCCAACUUCAGAUAGUGCUCCAGCUUUGCUUUGGUCAAUACGCAGAAGUGGCAGCCAUUUUCCAGCGACUCCCGAAGCCUCGAAAAACUCUUGGGACACUAGAAGAAAAGUGACAUUUUUCACCUGAUGUGAUGAAUGCUUAUAUAUUGAUUUUAUAUUGAUCCCCAAAAAAAAGCAGCGGAAAAUAAAGCAACAUUUUUAGCUUUC